CUAUGCCAUACAAAAAGCACACAUUUGUCGGUCACGUCAUCGGAUUGUCACUCCUUCUAUUUUUUAUCACCAAAAUUUAGUUUCAAAAAACUAAAAAAAAAUACAUUUUAUUUUGAUACAUUUUUAACUCGUCGAUUGGAAAUGGCACCCGAAAGCCUUAAACCGCAGGACCCAUCAAGCUUCAAUCCGAAUGGCACCGGGACCACCAAUCGCCGUAUGAAGAACUUCCAUCGGCGCUACCUAACGCUGUGUCGGGCGAAAAAUUUCCAACCACUGACCGAGUUGGUCGGCAAUGCCGGCGGUGGAGCUGGUGUCCGUAGGACUAAGGUAAACCAUUCCUGGCAAACGGUAGACUUCUACGGUGACCGAUUCAAGGAAACCGACUGGCAGCUAAUAGCCGAUGCACUCGGAGAGGACUCCUCUUUGGAACGGUUGGCCAUUCGUCUAAGGAAGACCCUGAAUGAUGUAAUCGAAAAUGGGAAUCAACGAAUGGACGAAGUGGCGGAUCGACCAGUCAUUUUAGUGAAACGACUUUUCACUAAACUCAUGGAUGGCUUAGAGAGUUUUCUGGCAAGCAACCAAAUCAUAAAGACGCUCGUUCUGGAAGCUUUGCCCAUUCAAGGUUUUCACAUGGCCACCUUCGUUAAAGGUCUUCAGCAAAACGGUUCCCUAGUUGAGCUGAGUUUAGCACGAAGCUGCAUUCGUGACGACGGCUGCGAAGCCAUUUGCAGUGUGGCAAUGCAUUUGCCUAAUCUUGAAUCCUUAAAUGUGUCCGGAUGUCAGCUAACGGCCAGAGGUUGUCGCGCCUUAGCCGACCUGGUCAAAUAUCAGAAAAUCCAACGGUUUGCCCAAAGCUGGCAGUACUCGCUUAGGUACUGUGAAGUCGAUACGGAGAAGAUGCAGGGAUUGAGGAUUUUGGCCCUUAGCUCGAACCCAUGCGUUGGCGAUGAAGGACUAAAUGAGCUGACGGAAGUUCUGAAAGAUGACGAGUGGAUACGGCAAGUACAGUUUCGGAACUGCGGCUUGACAGAUACUGGGGCCAAAUUAUUAGUAGAUUGCCUAAAUGUUAACAAAACCAUCAAGAAAUUCGAUAUACGAAGCAAUUCGGGUAUGUCGAAUGCAGCGCUACACGAAAUACUCGUAAAACUGGGUGAAGAAGUGGAAUCAUCCGACAGUAGUCAAUCGGCACCGGAAACCUUCACGAACGGACAGAUCAAGGUGAAAGCUGCAGAGCAAGUCAAAUGCUUGCAGCAACAGUUGGCCAUUGAACGUCACAGAGGGAUUCAAAUGCAGUUGCUAGUUGAGCAACUACGACAGCAGCUGAUCAUGCAAAAGGAGGAAUAUUCUGCGCAAUUGAAAACGCUUAAGCAGGAAUGCAACGCGAUCAUCAAUCAACGUGAUGAGCUGCUCCACAAAGUGCAACAGUUGGGAAAAGUGAGACCAAAAAGCAAGAAAGCAAAUCUACGCAAGAGCAAGAGUGUCGCGCUGCCUUCGGAAUUAUUCAGGCGUUCAUCGGACGGUCAUGCCAAACCAAGUACAAAAUCUGAAAUGACUCUCCGCUGGGUACAUGGCGACCGUGUUUCAUCGCUCACCAAUGGAGUUGCCACCACAGCAAUGCGGCCCCAAAUGGUAGAACGUGGCAUUGGCGACAGCGGUCACAACUCGGAGGCAAAUGGAAUCCAAUUGGCGGAAAUGUUGGCAUGGACAGGACACUCGGAAGACGUUAUUGGAGACAUCGGCGUCGGAUGUUCGAAAGUAACGGUUAGGAAGGCGCUGCAUGGGAAACGAACUAAUUUGGAUGAUAUCACUGAGCUUAGCGAAGACGACUAUUUUGCCAAUGUUAGUGAUGCUGCUGAUCAGCAGUCAGGUGAUGGUUUAACUAGCAGAAAUGCAGCUACCCUCGACGAAGAUGAAGACGACGAGGACGAUAUUGGAAGUUCAUUAUCCGGAGCCGAGCUACUGAAAUUGAUUGCUAAGCAAAAGUCCACUGAGCGCGUGCACGAUACACAGUCUCUUUAUAUGAGCGUUUUCAGCGGUGAUGAGAAUUGAAGCAUCUUCAAUAGCACUAUGGUAAAUAGUUUAUUUGUAAGAGUAUAUGAGAAAUGAGACUGUUAACGAAAAAUAAAAUUAAUUGUGAUAUCAA